GAAGAUGGGAAAUGGAUUCAAAUUUUAUCUCCCUGAUUGAACUUUGUGAAAAUUCCUGGAUCGUAAAUGAAAUAAAAUCCAAGUAGUGAAGUUAAUUGUCAGGAGUGUCACUGAUUGAUUAGAUUGGUCAUGAUUUCAUUAGAGGAAAAAUGAUGACCAUCGAGCUGUCAAACACUGUAGUUUGCCAUAACCUUGAUUACAUAUGAUCUUCCAAUUUGUUUACCACAAAUCUGAUUGUUAUGAGUGUGAGGUAUUCCAGUUGAUGAGUAAGCACUGAACACCUCGUCGAUUACAUAAUUUAACCUACAAUACAUUAUCAACGGAUAUUGUGACAUGUUGUGAAUUAUGAGAGAGGCGGGGAGUAUGUGGCGACCUAGAAAAGUUUUUUGAUGACAGUGUCUCGAGGGAAAUUGCCGAGGAAAUUGUUUUUAAAAUCGAUUGGAUAAUGAAUAUUGAGGAGAAUCGUCUGAGAACCUUCAGUGACUGGCCCCAGGACGCAGCUGUCAAUGCCACCAGAAUUGCAAAGGGUGGAUUUUACUAUACCGGCCACUCUCUGGAGGUCCAGUGCUUCAUCUGUGGUAUUAGAAUAUCCGAUUGGAAUUAUGGUGAUCAAGUGAUGGUGAGACACAGACAGGCAGAGCCCAACUGUCCAUUUGUCAGGAAUCCCGCUACUACUUGCAAUGUGCCAAUUGUUGAAUCACUCGAGAGCAUCACUUCUCAGCCAACAUCGUCUUCACGUGGAUCACGAGGAAGUGAUGCACGCGGUGAUGGUGAUCAGGCCUCCUGGGCAACAACAAUUGUCCAGAGUGAAAAUCCCAGGGUCGAGUAUGGCAGCUUUGCACAGAGACUUACUUCCUUUCGGAAUUGGCCGAGCACUGCUGCUGUUACACCUGAGCAGCUUGCCAGGGCUGGAUUUUACUACCUCCAGUCGGAAGAUAUGGUGGAGUGUGCUUUUUGUAGAGGAAUCAUGAGAAUGUGGGAAGUGGGGGAAGAUCCAGACGUUGAGCAUCGAAUUGGAUUUCCCCACUGUGAUUUUUACGCGCAGCAGGAAUCCAAUUCAGGGCUGUCGACGGACAAAGAGGAAUUAGGAAAUGUUAAAUUACUUUCGGCACCGGCUGCGGAUUUACACAGACUAGGAAUUCAGAAGCACUCCGCCCCUAGACAACCUAAGCAUGCUACCUAUGAGGGCAGAUUACGAACAUUCCAAGGGUGGCCGGAGAAUCUUAGACAGACACCUGAAAUGCUUGCGACAGCUGGUUUUUAUUAUGUUGCUUCAGGAGACCAAGUUCGAUGUUUUCACUGCGACGGAGGUCUCCACAAUUGGGAAACAGACGACGAUCCUUGGACGGAGCACGCCCGUUGGUUCCCCAAAUGCGGAUACGUUGCAAUGGUUCGUGGCCAGGAGUUCAUUCGUCACUGCGUUGAUAAUCGACCUCCCCUGGAUCCUCUGAUAUUCUUAGGAGUGGCUGAAGAUGGUGAGGAGGAUGUUACAGGUACAUCGAUGGGCUCAUCAAGAUCCUCGGGCUCAACAUCCACAUCCCGGAGCAGGCCAAUUUCAGAUUCACAACUGGAAGAGCUUUUGCUCUCAACACCAGCGAUAGCAGCCCUUCAGAUUGGAUUGAAUGUUGGUAGAGUCAAAAGGGCACUGAGAGAACGAAUGGAAACAAUGGGUACACCGUAUACAAAUGCUGAUCAGCUGAUUGAACAUGUUCGUCAUAUUCAUUUGAAUGAGGAGAGCAAUGGACUUGACAAUAAUGUGGAAUCAUCGUCCUCCGAGCUUGCAACAUUGCUGAGUCACGUGAUAAGCGUGCAGUCGUCAUCAAACCGAGCCCCAGAAUCAGCGCGAACGAAUGGCAAACAAAACGAUAUGAAAUUCAAGAAGAACUCUGACCAGGAAAAUCGAGACGAUCCCGGACACUCAGAUGACAAAAGUGUACAGAGGAAAACGGAAAAUGGAAUGAGCGACGAGCCACUAUCUCUGGAGGAAGAGAAUCGAAGGCUGAGGGAGGCUCGUUUAUGCAAAAUAUGCAUGGACCGAGAAGUAUCCGUUGUCUUUCUACCCUGUGGUCAUCUUGCUACCUGCAUACACUGCGCUCCAUCACUUGCUGACUGUCCCAUGUGUCGACAGGAAAUUCGUGCUACUGUUCGCACAUUUCUUGCUUAAGGGAUCUCGUUAAAAUUUGUCUCGACGACAGAACUACAUCAGAUUAGUUUUUUAGUAUUAAUUCCAGACGAAAGAAAAUAUUGUUCAAGUUAAUUUAAUAACUUAUUUGAGAGAAGUUGCGCUGAGUUUAGGGUACCAAAGAGUUAAAACUUAUUGAAUAAUGGAUAUUUCGAUAAUGCUAUUCAAUACAUGCGAUUUUGCAUGAUAAUCUUUUAGUGUUGGAUAUGAAAAUUCAAUGAAAAAUAUCAGAUAAAUUUUUUUAUUAAAAAAAAGACAAAUGAAUGAGUUAUGGGCGAUUGAAAAGUUCCGAUUAGGGCGUGAACUAGAACUUCUUGAUUUUUCUUUUUUUCUUAAUAAAAAAUAUUUACCGGAUAUUUUUCAAUUAAAAAAAAUCAUGCAAUAAUCCAAUUGAGUGGAAUGAGGGAACCAUAGUACCUUGGGUUAUCAAUGCAAAAUUUGGUGCUAGACUCACGAGAUAUUUCUUUGCAGUUGAUUCAUUACCAAGACACAUUGACCCUUUUUUCCUCCCCGACUGAUGCCAAGCCUGUUAAACAGUUCAUUCCACUAUUGAAUUCAUCUGUUGUUACCUGAAUCAGCUUUCGCAAUUGAACUAUUGCUGGUGUCCCCAUUGUUUUAAAUAAUUUCAAGACAAUGGAGGUGAUUCAGCGUAAAAAGAAACCGAGCCUUAGCAACCAUCAAAUAUUUUUCUGCUGUAUUCCUGUAGAAAAUUUAGGAAAAAAAUAGAACUCCAGAGGACGAUAUAAAUAGCUGUAUAUAUCAUUGUUCAAUGUUGACUCAGUUUAAUGCUAAAAUACAAAAUCCAAUUAGAAUUGA